AUGCCGCCCUCUCAGCUGAAACAGCUGAAGGCUUCUCUGCGUGACAGCGGUGUCAUUCGUCCGCAGCAGUCCAAGAAAAAGCGUCGCCAGGAUGAAAAGAGCGGCGCCAAAGCACACUCUCGCAUACAGCGACAAGCGGCACUGCAACAAAUCCGAGACCAAUUUAAUCCCUUUGAAAUCAAGACGGCGUCUCGUGGUGCAAAGUUCGACGUGACAACAAGAGAUGGCUCGUCCAAGGCAGGAGGCCAAGCCCGGCCUGGAGUGACAAAAUCCUUGGGCGAAGAGAGGAGACGGGCGACCCUGUUGAAGGAGAUGAAUUCACGAAACAAAGUUGGCGGUAUUAUGGACAGACGGUUUGGUGAAAACGAUCCCUCCAUGACGCCUGAGGAGAGGGCCGCCGAACGAUUUGCCCGGGAAAGCCAGCGCAAAUUCAGGAAGGAGUCGUUGUUUAACCUUGAAGAAGACGAUGACGAAGAAAUGCAAUUGACGCAUAUGGGGGAGUCUUUGUCUUUUGGAGGUCCAAAACGGAGCGAUGACUUCGCAGAGGAUGAUCUCGAGGCGGAACAAUCGUCUGAAGACGAAUCAGGUCUAAAGCGCAAACGGGUCUUGGCUGUUGAUGAAGUCGAUGAUAUGGAGGGUCUAGCUUCUUAUGGAAAUGAAGAUGGCGAGGAACUGCCGUUACGGAAAAAGUCAAAAGCCGAGGUUAUGAAGGAAGUCAUUGCUAAGUCCAAGUUGUACAAGCACGAGCGACAAAAGGCAAAGGAAGAAGACGAUGACCUUCGAGCUGAGCUUGACCAGGGCUUGCCAGAUCUCUUUGAGCUGUUGCGGGGUAUCAAACCGGCGCCAAAGCCAGAAGCGCCCAAAGAUGAUUUCAGCUCGAUGGACCCUGCUCGUGCCGCUCUUUUGAAGGGUAAAGAGAAGGGAGAGACGGAUGCCGAGUAUGAUAAGCGAUUAAAGCAGAUGGCCUAUGAUAAACGCUCACAGCCCACGGACCGUACCAAAACUGAGGAUGAGAAGGCGCAAGAGGAUGCGCAACGAUUGAGAGCCCUUGAAGCAGAAAGACUGCGCCGCAUGCGUGGAGAGGAAGACAGCGAGUCGGAGGUUGAAAAGGCAGAUGAAGAGCUAGAAGACGACGAAAUGCCUGACGAUGCGAAAGCUUUUGGUCUAGGCAAUGCUGAUUUAGAAGCUGAGGCCCGCUCGGAACUAGGUGUUGAAGAUGAAGACGAUUUCAUCAUUGACGAGGACCUUGUCGAGACGGACUCAAAUGCUAACCUUUCUUUCAUACAAAGCGACGAAGAGAGUGAAGAAGAAAGUGAUUCUGACCAGGAAGACAGUGAUGAUGAUGCACUGAUGAAUGAAUUUGCGGACUCGACUGGUAACGACACUGGAGCAACAACAAUUUCCAUUUCCGCCAAUGAUGUUGCUAAUAGUAAACUGGCUUACACUUAUCCAUGCCCAGAAAGUCAUGAUGAGCUCUUGACUCUAUUGAAAGAUGUCUCGGAAAAUGACACCCCAGUAGUCAUUCAAAGAAUCCGAGCCCUCUAUCAUCCCCGCUUGAAUGCUGAGAACAAGUCAAAGCUCGCUCGUUUUUCUGAAAUACUUGUUGAACACGUUGCCUACAUGGCUGACCAAGGGAAGAGGACGUCAUUUGGAAUCCUAGAAAACAUGCUCCGUCAUAUUCAUUCUAUGGCGAAGAGUAACAGCGAACCGGUUGCCCACGCUUUCCGAAACCAUCUUCGCAAGACCGCAGCAGAGCAUCCUCUCAACCUAUCACCCGGUGAUUUAGUCAUUUUGACUGGCGUUAUGUCUAUAUUCCCUACGUCGGACCAUUUUCAUGCUGUUGUCACACCUGCGAAUCUGUGCCUUUCGCGGUAUCUCGGGCUAAGCUUUAUUACCGGUCUCUCUGAUCUUGCUACAGGAGCAUACCUUUGCACUUUAUCACUACAAUUCCAGGCUCUCGCGAAACGAUUCAUGCCGGAGUUUAUAAAUUACUGCCUGAACGCCUUGAGCAUUCUUUCGCCCUCAAAAAUUGAUCAAAACCUGGGCCCAGUCUUCCUUCGCGAACCCAAACAACCGCUGCGGUUGACAUCCGCGAGUGGAACCAGUAUAGAGAAACUCAAUUUCUGGGACAUCAUCAGGAACGAUAUUUCCCCAGACUCCGCAGAAGCCUUCAAAGCAUCGCUCCUCGGAAUCUUUGUUUCCCUGCUAGAAUCCGCCGCUGAGCUCUGGAGCAACAAAUCCGCAUUUGAAGAAAUCUUCAGCCCAGUACAAACCGUGCUCAAGCAGCUGAAAAAAUCCACUGCAAAGAAACUCCCAUCCUCGAUGGAACAAAAAAUCACCUCCACUCUAGAAAAAAUCAACAACCUAUCCUCUCAAGCCUACCUCGGCCGGCGCCCGCUACUCCUCCACAACCACCGCCCUCUCGCAAUCAAACAAUCGAUACCGAAAUUCGAAGAAGACUUCAAUCCAGACCGCCAUUACGACCCGAACCGUGAACGCGCAGAACUCAACAAGCUCAAAGCAGAGCACAAGCGCGAGCGGAAAGGUGCAAUGCGGGAAUUGCGCAAGGACGCCAAUUUCAUUGCCCGUGAAUCGCUGCGUGAGAAGAAGGAGCGUGAUGCUGCGUAUGAGAAGAAGUAUAAACGACUCAUAGCGGAGAUUCAGGGUGAAGAGGGUAAAGAGGCGAAAGCUUACGAUCGGGAGAGAAAAUGGCGGCAGGGGAAGAAGUAG